GCUGCUUUUAAUGUUCUAGUUCAUGGUAGACGCUUGAUGACUCCAUUUCCUUGAGCUUACCAUUUUACCUCCUUUUCUUGUGCUGUGUAGAAAUUACUGCUUUUGUGAUAUAAUGUCUUUUAAUCGAGGGAUAAAACGUGAUUCUUUUGGGAAUCGAAACUUCAACAACCGAGGAGGUGGUGGUGGUGGAGGAAGGGUUGGUAAUAUGGGAGGAAGUGGAGGUGGUAUGGGUGGUAAUAUGGGUAGUGGAAUGGGCGGAGGUGGAGGAGGCGGUGGUGGCGGAGGUGGAGGUGGUGGAAGUGGCGGAAUGAAUCCUUGGGAAGGAGGAAUGAUGCCUGGCAGAGGAAUUUUACCAACACCUAAUAAUAAUUUGUCUUUAGCAUCGCCUCAAGCACAGUUAGCAAUAGCUAGCAAUCUUCUUACGAACUUACUUCGUACUCAGCAAGAAGCACAACCACAGCAGGUACCAUCACUUCUCAGCCUUGGAAAUAACUUUAGUGGACCAGGGCCUAACUUUCCGAAUCAACAGAACUUUUCUUCUGGGCGUUUCAAUGAUCGUCCUGUUAGACAUCCAAUGAAGAAUCAACGACCACAACCGUACAACAAGAUGGGCAAUCGCGCCCGUGAUGGCCCUGCUGGGCGACGUGGUCCAUCUGCACAACAAUCUCGUGCACCCCAGUCUGGCAAUCAGCGUAUGAAUGGAAACCAAACUCAACAUCACAACGAUAAAUCUUCUAAACCAAUUCCUGCCUCUAAACAAAAUCAGACUGCCAAAAAGGAACAGCAGGACGUUAAGACCUCUGAUAAUGAAAAAACAGAAGCACCUGCUGUAACAAGUGGAGAAAAUGAAGAAUCUGAAGACAAAAAAGAUGAUUGGAAGGAUAAUAAAAAGGAGACCGAGGAUGCUAAAAUUGGAGAGACUGACGAAACAGGAGAAAAGUCUCAAGAUAGUGCAGAACAAAAGGCAGACAAACCUGCAAUAGAAGAAACAACAGCAAAGGAAAUGAAUGCGUCUGCAACAGAGAAGGAUUCAAAAACGACAGGCAAAAAAUCAGAAGCUAGACAUGCUGAAAGUCGUUAUGCAGAAGUUCCUAUGAAUCAUAUGUUCUGUCACAUUUGUAAUAAGCAUAUGUGGGAUGGAUAUUCAUUUGAAAAUCAUUUACGAGGGCGAGCGCAUCAGUUGAUGAUGGAAAAGUUAGAUGAAUCGUAUAAAUUAAAGGUUGAUCUAAUGCGGCAUGAAUUAAGAGUAGCAGAAGAACAACGUGAACUUAGUUUAACUAAUUCGAAACGACGCGGUAAAAAAGUAUCUGUAGAUCUUAAUGUACGUGAGUACUGUACAAUGUGUGACUUGAAUUUCUAUGGAACAUUAUCUACGCAUAGAAAGAGUGAGAAACAUCAACAACUAAAAACGUUUUUACAUCCAAGAUGUUUUCCAUGUUUAAAAGAAUUCCCAUCGCGUAUUGAGUAUGAUGAACAUUGUUUAACUCCUGGACACAUGAAAAAAGCUGUACAAUGUGAAGAACAGCGAAAAAAUAAAAAGAAAGAAAAACUUGCAAAAGGAGAAUCUGAAGUACGUACAGCUGAAGAUGAAGAAAAGGAUGUUGGUUCUGAUAAUAAAAAUGAGAAGGAAGAAGAUACUGCAGGAGAACAAGAAUAUAUUACGGAUAUUAUCGAAAAUUUGGGCGAAAAGAAAUUCAAAAUUCCAUCUUACAAAUAUUGUCGACAGAAUCAAGUUUCCCUUGGAAAAUCUAUGGUGAAAGAAGUUCAAGGAUUUUAUUGUGAAAAAUGUAGAAGAUUCAUGCUUUUAGCUGAAGAUAUGAAUGCUCAUUUACGUAGUAUCACUCAUUACCGAAAUUUCGUACAAGAAGUAAAAACUUUAAUUUCAAAUAUGGAGAGUACAGAACAAAAGCCAACAGCGAAAACUGAGACUAAUGAAGACACUGAAGAAAACGAUAAAGAAUACGAUGAAAGCUGGAAACGUCGUAAAAUAGCUCAUUCUGAUGACGAGAAUAAUGUAGAAGUAAAAGAACAAGAAAAUGAUGCUGAAAAUGCAAACGCUCAAAAGAAAGCUGAUGGAGAUGAAAAGUAUGAUCCACUUGAAGCUUAUGCAGAAUCAGAGGAAGAAGAAAUUCACGAAGUUGAGAACAGCAAUGAACAAUCUUCACAAAAUGCUGUUAAUACUACGGAAAAGAAGACGCCAGUUGAUAAAAUGUGGGCCGAUUUCGAUAAUGAUAACGAAGCAGAAAUAGGUAAUUUAAUUGAUGAUGGGGAUGAAAAAGAGCAUGCUGAUCAUGAAAAGUCUAUGCAAAAAUCAGACAGAGACCAAAAUUCUCCAAUAAAACCACGUGGUCGUGGUUUUACACGUGGACGUGCAAGUCCUCGAGCAAGGAGAGGUCGACGAUAAAGUGAUUUGUACUCAAAAUUGAAGUAAGCUUGGGUAUAUUUUAUAAUUACAUCUCUUAGUACGCCAUUUAUUAGGUUUCAUCUUUGUAUUCAAUAUAUUCAAUCUAUUAAUGUUUGUGUAAUUUAGCUUGUUACAUCUUUUAACAAAAUGAAAAAAAUUGAUGCAACUUAAUGUGUAUGGCUAUUUUUUUUAUAUGUAUAAAUCAUGAUAUUAUUCAUGUAUCAUUUACAAAAGUAAAUGUAAAAAAAUAUAUAAUUACCUUACCCAAGCUUAUUUGAAACUUUUUAGUUUAGUUUUCUCUUGAUUUCGGAAAUGUACAUCAUAUCACUUUUUUACAUUGAUUAUUUUUUUUAAAUAUUCUGACACUUAAAAUAAUAUAAUCAAUGUAUAAUGAUCUAUAAUGUACAUUUCUAAAAUAAAAAUAAAUAAAUAAGAUUCUUUUGUGUAUUAACACUGAUUAUCUUAUAACUUGUAACUAUUCUGUAUUAAGAAAUGCUAUUAAUAUUCAAGUAAAUAUAAAACAUGUUCAUGGUUUUUCAAUAGCCAUAAUAUGAGACUAUAAUAAGAUUCAUUCCUUGAAUUACGCUAAUGAAGAAUCCCAAUAUAUCUUGCAAUAAAUUUAAGAUAUUGAUACAAAUUUUAUCCCGUUUAUGUCUAAUUAUAAUAAAAUACCUAUAAUCAAAGUUUACAAGUACCAGAAAUAAUUACAAUAAUUGUAUUUGCUUUAUAAUAAUGCAGUAGAAUUUUAUGGUAAGACUAAAGUUUUUGUGACAUAUAAGGCAUUAUAACAAAAAGGUUUAAUAUAAAAAUGCACGUUGACAAUUGCCUUAUAGACUACCGAAAUUUGUAACUUCAACACGAUAACACUCACCUUGCCUUUGUAGUCAGUAUAAAAUAAUUUAAUUUAUAAUAAAAUUUGCGUCCA